AUGCCUACCCGCCGCAACAAUGGCCGUGAUCCUAGUAGGGAACGCGCGCGGGACCCUAUCAGGAUCGCAAUCAUGGGCGAGCCUGGAGUCGGCAAGAGCAGCCUUAUCACCCGCUUAAGUCGAGGAAAUUACGUUGUUGGAGAUGAUUCUAUUGGUGGACGCGGUCGCAGGAAGGCGAUCAACACAUUCAAUGCAUAUCUGCCACUACCAACGUCCAGCCUCAGGAUAUGGACCAAGUUUAUCGACUGUCCAGGCUUCAAUGACGACGAACUGCGACCAGACCAGAGCACUAUCGAUGAUAUUUUGGACUGGCUGGGAAGGACUUACAGGCGUGGCCAGAAGUUGCAUGGCAUCAUCUACAUGGUCUCAGUCAACAACCCGCGCUUCACUGGUUUCUCGGCUCGAAACAUUGCCAUGUUCAAGGCGCUCCUUGGUGAAGACUUCUACAAGAACGUCAUCCUCUGCACAACCAUGUGGGACGAGCUGCCCAUCGCCGAAGGCAUCGCUCGUGAGGAAGAGCUCAGAACCCGUCCAAUGAUAUGGCUGUCCCUUGUUCGAGGCGGCUCGAAAGUAUUUCGCGUUGGUGAUGAGCAAGCACACCAAAGAACCCCGAGAGGAUUUCUCCAGAAUGAUUCGAGUCUAGUUUAUGAGAUCGCGCGUAAUCAACCGGAAUGGCUCCUUGCUCAGCAUGAGCUAGCAGACAACGACUUCCAGCCCGGACGAACUUCCGCGUAUCGUGUUCGCGAGGACUGGACCAAAUUCUAUGCCCGCGAUGAGUUUCUGGACGCCGAGCUUGACCAACGUAAACACAACAAGGAAGAAGAAGUCGAACGACACGAUGCACGGCUAAGAGAUGCCAGGCAGCGUGCCAAAGAACGUAUGCAAGAGGAAAUCUCUGACGAGACAGCUGCCAAGAUCGAAGAACAGCGCAAAUUGAGAGAAAAGCAGGAGCAAAAGCAGAAAUUAGAAGCACAACUUGCAGUAAGGGGUGCAAGAUCAGCCUGGGCUGAGGAGGAGCGCGAGCUUGAGAAGCUGCGUAGACAGGUCAGAGAGGCCGAGGCCGAAUAUGAAAGCGAUUCUGAUUCAGACGACGGUCGCUCUGGCGUCGGUUCCGCCGCCAGCACAGUGCGAAGUCAAAGACAUCCGGGCACGGUUGCCGCGGGCUGGACCAAGAAGAAAGACUCUCACGGCAAGACAGUCAGGGGAAUCGCAUAUCGAAGAAGGCCAUGA